AUGACUGUUCUUGCUACACAUAGUCUAUACUUACGAGACCGCCCUAAACAUCUACUAGAUGUAGUGGUUGGUAGUGAUAGUGGUUUGAUAUAUGCUUUUGUAAGUUUUUGUAAGUUUUUGAAAAGCGUUAGCAAAAUGUGCGACCUGCGGUCUGCGAUUGACUUAAGCCUAAUUAAUGAUAUGAAAAGUAAUGAGUUGAUGUUCGUCUUCUCUACGGGUAGUCGUUGUUAUGAAGACAUCAUAAAUGGACUUAGAAAUUCGGGAAAGCACUUCUUCGAACAUCACAUAAAAAAGAUCAUGAAUUCGAUGAAUUUGAACGAUUUUAAGAAUCUAUCAAUACCAAUGAAACCAGUUGAGGAAUAUCGUCAUAUUCUUGUUGGUCCGUGUGCUAUUUUCAAUGGGGAUAUGGUAUUGCGUGGACUAGAAGAGGGAGCAUAUUGUCAUGGAACAUUUCAUGAAGAAUCGUUAACCUCUGUUGUGAAAGAUGUUACAGAAACUUUGAAUAAAAGAAACAAGGAAAUGAUAGAUAAUUGUGAUGUUUUUUGCCUUACUGUCGAUGCGAAGCGUAGUUGCUAUCGAUCUUUUGCAGAAUGGGGGAUAGCAUUGGCUCUUGGAAAGGUGCUUAUAUUAACUUACAUUGAUAACAGGGGAUUACACCCUGAAUUGUACUUGUAUCCUAAAUCCUACGAUUUUAUGUGA